GCAUCAUGUAAAACCCGGAGAGUUGGACAUAUCUUCUUUUAACGCUAACAAUCGAUUUUAUACAACAGGAGUCAUUUCGUAAUUAGGAAUCUCAAAGUUCAACUCCCCAACAUAAACAUUCCAAUGUACAUUAUGAUGUGCUUGCACAAGAGAGGGAAGCCAUUGUGCUAUCAUCUAACGAGCUGCGCAAGAAUCUGUAUAGCCGGCGGUUAUAAUGAAAGCUAUUGAUGUCAUCGCCACCGUGAUUAACCUGUUCACUCAUUCGGAAAAAGGACAUGGAUAAUAUAUAAUAGACUUCGAUGUUGAACAUAGGCGUAUUCAGACAAGAAUAGUCUUAGUGCUUUCGUUAUUCAAAGAUCACAUUGAACUCAGCCGUUCCCUCUAUCUUUGCGAAUAUUCAAGCGAUAACAUGGAUACAUACACGGUACAAAAGGAAGCAGAGCGCAUCUUUCACUCAGUGCUGCUAGAGGACGAGAGGUUAGGAAUACCAGAUGAAGUCCGCAACCUCGCCGAGCGAACAACUUUCGACCCGUCGGCGCUCUCGAAGCCAUUUCUACCUGCGCCCGUGAAAUGCACCGAGUCGAGCACGGCAUUGUGGGCGCUCCUAGGUACAUUGGGCAACGCCAUCGCCCAGCGGCGCUACGGCAUAACGCAAUCAUGCACCGUGAGCAGCGACGUCGCGAGUCUCUUCCUAUUCUCCUUCCUCCUGCUGCGCGUCGGGGGAAGACCCAUUGGCGAUCCGGAGAUCGCGGCGCGGUACUCCGUCUACGACCUCACGGCGCAAAUGACGCCGUACCGCCGCCUCGUCACGAAUGUAUAUCCCACGCGCGACGGGCGGUGGUUCCAUCUCCACGGCGGACUAGACUCCGAUAGAAGUCUGCGGAUGCUUGGCUUGCCUACUGCGCGGAAGGAUGUCGUGGAUGAGAUGGAGGUUAUCCGCCUUUUGGAGGAGGAGGUGGUCAAGUUUGAUGCGGAGUGGUUGGAUGCUGAGGCGAAUGAAUACUGGAGACAGGCGGGCGGUAUCUGUCUUACGCAUGACGAGUAUCGCGCUACGGAGCAGGGGAGGGCAGUGGCGGAUGAGCCGUUGUAUACUGUUGAAGAGUUCCUGAGUGAGGAAUUGCCUCCUGUGCCUUGGCCGGAAGUCCAGACUACUACGUUCCGUCCACUGGAAGGUAUAAAAGUCGUGGAUUUGACAAGAGCUAUUGCCGGACCUACCAUUGCGCGACUCGCGGCGCUGUUCGGCGCCACCGUUGUCCGCGUGUCGAAUAUGGAGUUACCGGACUUGGGAAUCGUGCUGUUCGAGAGUAAUCUGGGUAAACGGGACGCGCACCUCAAUCUCAAGACAGAAGAUGGACGAACAGCGUUGCGGGAACUAAUCCAGGAUGCCGACGUAGUCCUCGACGGCUAUCGACCCGGCGUGCUGGAGAGACUGGGAUUUGGCCCGACCUAUGUACACGAGAUCGCCAAGAGAAGGGGCAAAGGAAUAGUAUACGCCCGCGAGAACUGCUACGGCUGGAAAGGGCCGUGGAAGCAUCGGAGUGGGUGGCAGCAGAUCAGCGACGCCGUCACGGGCAUCGGCUGGUUGUUCGGUCGCAUGUGGGGUCGAGAUGAGCCCGUGAUGCCUUUCCUGCCUAACUCGGAUUUCCAAACGGGCAUCGUUGGAUGUAUUGGGAUUAUGAACGCGCUCGAUCGAAGGAAUAAGAAAGGGGGAAAUUACCUGGUCUCCACCUCGCUGAAUCAGCUCAAUACCUUCUUAAUAUCUCUGGGCACUCAAUCCCCGGAGAUACAGCAGAGUUUGCGCGAGAAGUGGCCGGACAUGCUGCGAUUCCGGUACUACGAUGAUUUACAUCGCCAGAUGAGAGUGCUCGUGAGCUCCUUAUCAAAGGUCGUCCCUGAAUUGUUUCAGAUGAAAAAUUUCCGAACGAUGAAGGCGGAAUUGGGAGUGCCAGAUGAGAAUAUGACAUUUCUGGGGCCAGCCGUUAUUUAUGAUACUACCGAGCUGAAAUAUGAUUCUGGUAGCUGUAUGCGAGGUACUCAUAACCCGGAAUGGCCGACAGACAACCAGGCGGCGUAAAAUUUAUGAUCCACAAUUUCACCUGAAAUUAGGUAGUAGUUGGUAGUAUAUAGGUCUCGUUAUAAAUACAGGGUAUCACGGGGCGUUAUUAUAC